CAACAUUGUCAGCGCCGCCCCUUCUGCUUGUUCCCGUUCUUCCACCGGGUUCUGACCCGCAGGCUGAAUCUGCGCCUUUCGUCCGGUGCUGCGCCUGACGGUGGCAGCUCCCUCGGUGCUGCUUCAGCUGCCAGGGCUCCUCACACCGGGCAUGCCUCGCCAUGUUCGACACUGAGGGCGGCUGGAACCUGUCUUUCGCCGGCUGCGGGUUUCUGGGUGUUUACCACAUCGGAGUAGCCAGCUGCCUGCUGGACAGGGCUCCGUUCCUCGUCAACGGGGCCACCAAGCUGUACGGGGCUUCUGCCGGUGCUCUCACCGCCUCGGUGCUCGCCAGCCAGGCGUGUUUAGCAAAGUGCUGUGAAGAUGUGAUUGAGAUGGCGAAGGAGGCCAGGAAGAGAAACCUGGGCCCCCUCCACCCCACCUUCAACCUGAUCAAGGUCAUGAAGUCUGGCCUGAAUCGCGACUUACCGUCUGAUGCCCAUGUCCUGGCCUCGGGGCGCCUGUGCAUUUCCCUCACCAAGGUGUCCAAUGGGGAGAACGUGCUAGUGUCGGAGUUUAGCUCCAAAGAGGAACUCAUUCAGGCCCUGAUAUGCAGCUGUUUCAUCCCCAUCUACUGUGGCCUGAUGCCGCCAACCUUCAGAGGAGUGCGUUAUGUGGAUGGAGGCAUCAGCAACAACCUGCCGCAGUCAGAGCUGAAGAACACCAUCACCAUCUCUCCUUUUUGCGGCGAGAGUGACAUCUGUCCCCGAGACAACUCCACCAGCUUCCAUGAGCUGCGCGUCACCAACACCAGUAUUCAGAUAAACCUGGGCAACAUGUACCGCCUGACACGGGCCCUCUUUCCACCGGAGCCCAAGGUCCUGGCUGAGAUGUGUCAGAGUGGCUACAAAGAUGCUCUGCGCUUCCUGGAAGAGAACAACUUGCUGAUGGUGGACCGUCCGACCUCUGGCCCGGCCCUUCUGGAGAACGCCCCUAACUGCUGCUGCAAGCAGCCUGAAACCACCAAAGAGUGGGUGCUCCGAAGACUGUACUUGCUGCGUAAACCUCACUGGUGGCUGGAUGAACAGAUUGCUCUCCCUACGCCACUUAAGAAAGUGUUCUGCGAGGCUUGCCAAGACAAAUCUGGUCUUUACGGCAAGGUGUCUGACAUGCUGCCGAUGAGAGUGGCUUCCUACAUGCUCAUGCCAUACACACUUCCUGUACAGUCAGCCUACUCAGUAGCCCAGAGGUUUGUGGAGUGGAUCCCAGAUGUGCCAGCUGAUGUGCGCUGGCUGUUUAAUGUAGCGGGCGACGUGUACCGGCAGGCGUGGAAAGGACAAUCUAAUUCCAGCAGCGAGCCAUGCCUGAGGAAGUGCUUGAGUGCACCUCCACUGUCAACAGAUCACAACAGGCCCCCGCAGAGAGAUAACCUGCCUGUGCUUUCGACACUAGAUCUCCACGGAAGCGACCUGGACAAUCUCGACUCUACCUCUUCUUCCUCAGCCUCGCGACGCCAUCAUCCUCAAGGCACCCCACCUUCUCCAAGACAAGUCUCCUUCUUUGUCGGCGCCGAGCAGGACCCUCGAAGCAACGCGUAGCAGUGAACAGAAUAAGCACUUUAACCUUGAUGUUUCAGAACACUCCAGGACGGCACGCUGUAUUAUAUUUUGCCGAGUGCUCUGGAAAUCUCUCUCAGGAUCUAACAGGAUGUAUUAGGACCCCUUUUAAUGUACAGCACACAAUUGGUUUUUAAAGUCUGACUACAAUCCAAACUCUUGUUCUUUGUUUAAAUGUAAACAGAAGUACAGUAGUAUUCAUUCAAUGCUUAUUCUGAUACAAAUUGUAUGUGUGCCUCUUCAUAUCACUUAUGAAACCAUAUUGUGUGAUGAUGUCUUUAUGUUCACUCCAUGUGGCUUCUGUUGAAGUUGUUCCAACAUUUUACAACACAAUUGAAGCUACAAAUUUUGAGAAUCCACAGAAAAUUUUGAAUAAAUAAAAAUUGCUAAAAUCUAUAGCACUUACCAAGCAGACACAACUUGUCUUCUCUAAUUGGUUAGAAUGGAGAGGCUUGUUUAAAUAUGGAUAUACUGUAGGGGAAUGUCAAUGCACUGCUUCCAGGAAGUUCAGUGAGUCUAAAGGGCUCGUAUUUUCCUUUUUCUGUUCUCAUGUUACAUAUAUUUGUGAAAUAGAGUGUACAUGUUACAUACAUUCAGAGUUCAUAUGCAUAAAGCAUAAAUCCUUAAAGCAGCAACAGACAGCAAUGGUUCAGGGAAUGUUUUCUGCUGCUGAAUUUUCAGCCGAAUAGCUUUGCAGGGUACUGUAAGUAUAGUAUGUCCCAACUAGUACAGUAUAACUAGAUUUAACUACUCACAUUAACUAGAAUGAUGGACAUGAGGAGUACAUUACAAAUGUAUGAGGCUUUGAGGUUGUUAUUGAUCACUUAUUGAUUGAUAUGACGUGGAUUAUUGAAAGUCACAUCAUAUUACAGUAGAUGGUCAACAUUGUGGUGAAUAUGUAAUUCUGGAAUUUAAUUACCAGUAUGUCCUUGUUGCUAAGAGCGGAUUGUCAGAUCUCAGAGGUGGACACAGAUGGCUGUGGUUGUCUAGUGUCAUUAUCAACAAAGCUCUGUUUUUUAUUGUUUAAUCAAAAUUGGAAAAUUAAAUGGGAAGAAGUCACUAACAUAAGAAAAUGUGAAGUUUGUACUUUUUUUCUCUUGGAUGCAACCCAAUUCAACAAAACCCUAAAUUGAAGAAAUGCAAAUGUUUGUGCACCCUUUUGUACUUGUUACACAAUGAUUGUCAAAAUUAAUUAAUUUGAGAUUUAUUAGC